GAUGUCGGCGGUUGCUUAUCCUCUCUCCCGAGUCCCGCCAUGGCGUUCGAUGACUACGGGUCUGAUGCUACUGAGCUUUUGGAGACCUAUGAUUUCCUUAUGAAGUUCAUCAUCAUUGGUGAAGCUGGAUCUGGGAAAUCCUGCCUCUUGCAUCACUUCACGCACAACUCCUUCAAAGAUCAUUCGCAGCAUACCAUUGGUGUCGAGUUUUCCAGCAGGACACUAAAACUAGGCGAGAAGCGGAUAAAGCUACAGCUUUGGGACACAGCCGGCCAAGAACGAUUCCGUUCGGUGACGCGCAGCUACUAUCGAGGGGCAGCGGGAGCUAUCCUUGUUUAUGACAUAACGAGCCGCGAUUCUUUCGCGAAUCUGUCUCGAUGGCUUGCGGAUGCCAGAGCUUUGGCAAGCCCUCAUUUGGUUACGGUGCUUGUUGGUAACAAGUCGGAUCGAGAAGAUGAUCGCGAAGUCGAGUGGUCGGAAGCAAGCCGAUGGGCGGCCGACAACGAUGUACACUUCCUAGAGGUGUCAUCCCUGACGGGUGACAAUGUAGAAGCUCCAUUCCUCCUUGCAGCACGGUCCAUUUUGCUGUCCAUAGAAUCGGGUGUGCUCGACCCAGAAAAGGCAGGCAGCGGCGUCAGUUACGGCGACCGGGCACUUCGACGAGUAAAUAGCUCGAGUCGACUUUCCAGCCUCAGCUUUGGAUCACUCAGCCGGAGGCCGAAGAAGGGCAUUGUCAAGCUGAAGAUUCCUGGCACAGGCCACAGAUGUUGCUGAAGAUUUCCAUCGUGACGUACACUACAUACAACCGGACGCUUUCGAGGUGUUUAGACAUGUUGUCGCUUUUUCCCUGGGAUUAUUGCCGCAUGCCCUCUGUACCCUACCCGGUUCACGUUCACAUACCACUAUUCAUGCUAUACCCGAUUACGCUCUCACUCCGCACCUUCUGCUUGCUCAACUACAUUGUCCACUAGUACCUCGCCAUUUGUAAUUCAGUCCCCUCAAUAACGGAUGAUAUUUGCGUCGCU